CAUGGAAUUCUGUUCCUUAUUCUCAAUCAAUCUUCAAUUUGUUAAAUAUCGCUGAAAGUUUAACUGAAUCGAGCCAUAGUCAACAUCAGGUAUAUCAAGUGUAUUAUAUUGCUAAAUAUGUCAUCAAAGCAACAAAUUGAGGCAACUACUACAGCCACCUCAGAAGAGUGCAGAUAUACAUGGACGAUUAAUAAUUAUAAUUUAAUAAAAACGGAAGUAGGAGAAUCAAUAUCAUCUCCAAAAUUUUACGUUGGAAGUGAUAAUAAACAAUUUUUCAAGUUGGAUCUAUACCCCGAAGGUAAAGAAAGUGCAGGAUUCAUUUCUUUGUUUCUAACUUACGAAGGAACUGAUUCAACAAAGAAACCGGAUAAACUCAUAUGUAAAAGCACAAUAUAUGCUCUUAAAAAUAUGGACAUUCUAAGUUCAUGUGAAAUACAUCAAGAUUUUGUGAAAAGUCCAACUGGGGGUCCGUUAGAAUUUUUUGAACUGAAAAGUAAGUUCAAAUGGAUGAAAAAUUGUAACUAUUUUCUGCAGUGUAAAAGUUCUCACGGGUUAUGAAUCCUUACUGGGUUCAAAAAUCAUUAAAAAUGAAGAUGGGACCAAUAAUAUUGUAAAAUUCAACUUGUCAUUUCUCAGUGAAGAAUUAAGUGAUGUUGAGUUGAUAACUUCUGAUGAAAACUCCAUCCCAGCACACAAAGUCAUACUUGCUAUGGCUAGCCCAGUUUUUAAAGCAAUGUUUACCCAUGAUAUGUUGGAAAACAAGAACAACUCUGUUAAGAUAACUGACAUUUCUCACAAUGUCCUAAUUGAAAUGUUGCGAUAAAUUUACACUGGAGAUAUUACAAGUACUUCAAAAGACAUGAUUCUGGAGCUUUUAGCAGUGGCAGACCAAUAUCAAAUUGAUAAUUUGAAAAUUAAGUGUGCAAAAUUAUUACAAGCAGAUUUGUCUAUUAGAAAUGUAAUCGAUAUUCUAAUAGCUGCUCAUAAAUAUGGUGAGAAGAAUUUGGAAGAUAGCGCAUUAAAGUUUGUUGCUGAUAACGUACAACCAGUUGUUAAUUCUGAACAACUGAACCAAAUAACUGAUCCUGCUUUAUUACUUAGCAUUA